AUGUGUAGUGUAACUCCUGGACCCUCUACAUCAGUCCUUGUAGGAGUGGUUGUGGGCCUGGUUGUUGCUGGUGUUCUACUGGCCAUUCUCCUGGUACUGCUGUGUCGAUAUAAAAAAGCUGGAGGCCCCCCCAGCCMCAGAGGACCAACCUGGACUCCCAACAGGACCAAGGAUCUAUCCAAGGCCGUGCUCCUGAUGCUGGGUAUACACGUCUGCAGCAAGCUACCAGUGACAGUGAUAAAUAAGGACAUACAGCCGGAGGAAACAGUCAAAUCCUUACAGAGAUCCUGCUUCUCCAAACAGGGAAUACUACUUAUCCUAUUCUCCAACCUCCACUAUGUUGUGGUUGUUCCUUUGAUCAUCAACAAGAGAGUGGGGGACUCUGUGGAGCUGCUGGCAGGCUUAGAGAGGGAACAUUUCCAAUCCUUGGAGUGGAAGUAUAUGGAAAAGGUUAUUGCAGAAUUMAACUCAGAAGUUGUAUAUUCACCUGGAUCCCAGUUUGAGGGGAGACUAAAGAUGAACACCAAAAACWUCAGUUUAACAGUCAGAGAACUGACACUGCAAGACUCAGGGGAUUUUCUACUUACAGGCGAAGGGGACAAAGGUCAGAUUGACAGAAAGACCAUCACUCUGAAAGUCCACGAGCCUAUAUCCAAGGUGGCGAUCCAGACAGACAUCAAGCUAUUGGCCAACCRCUCCUGUACGGUACGGCUGGUGUGCAACGUGUCCUGCUACCCCAACCUUACCUACACCUGGGAGAGAGACAAUGAGAUCUACGGGGACGCCCAGCAGAUUUACUUCUCUCUCUCACCAGCAGAGGUCGACAUCAGUGUAAAGUGCAACGCCUCCAACCUGGUCAGUUGGAAAACUGCCUCUGCAACAGUAAAGUGCAGUAAUGACACAACCACCCCAGGUACCUAG